CUGCUCCGCCCGGCUAUAGCCCAGGGUCACAGGAGGACCCCUACGCAGCUGGCGCUGAGGCAGUGUGGCAUCCGCCCCCCUGCUGUGUAACAAGCCAGCCCACUCACUGGCUUAAACAUGCGACAGCCAUUUGCUUUGCUUGUGAAACUCCCACCUCGGCAGGGUUCAGUGGGGACAUCUUGUCUCUGCCCCACCUGCAGCAUCAGCUAAGUCAGCUUCCAAGUUGGGGUGACCCAAGAUCAAGGGGUUGGAGUCAUCUGGAGAUUUGUCUACACGUCUGCCAUCAGCGAGGGCCUCGGCUGUGGGAACAGCCGUGGCGUGGGAGGCCUGCAUUCGUUUCCUGUAACUAGCUACUGGGGAGCUUAAAACAACAAAAAUUUACUCCCAAAGUCCUGAAGUCUGAAGUCAAGGCGUCCACAGGGCCGUGGCCCAGCAGAGUGCUAGACGAGAACCCUUUCCUGCCUCGUCCAGCUCCGGGGGCUCCUGCAGUCUCUGCCUGUAGCUGCAAGCCUCUGCAUCCAUCAUAUGCCUCCUCCCGAAGUACGUAACCUUGCUCCUUACAAAGACGUCAUUCUGACAGGGGUUAGUGUCCACCCUAAUCCAGUCUGACUUAGUCUUAACUUGAUUAUAGCUCCAAAGAUCCUAUUUCCAAAUAUGUUCACAUUCCCGGGUUCAUGGAGUUUGGACAUUAUUCAGCCUUCAUUACUCGGCCCCUUCAUGCAGCUGCUUUCCUCCCAGUAUGUGGCUAGGUCCCAAGAUUGAGCGUCUCAAGACAGCAAGGCAGUUUUAUGACUUAACCUGGAAAGCCAUGCAACGUCACUUCCAUUCAACGGGUCUUCUAUGGGACUACUCCUCUAAGGGAGGACGGUGCAAAGACCUACUCAGGUUCGAGUGGCACACUGAGACAGAGCCAUGCUCCCUGGAGUAGCACACAACAGUUAACAGCAAACACCUGGGGCCACGCAAACAGCACUCAGAGCAGGAGCGGAGAAGCAGGGCUGGAUACAGAGCAGAACGUCGGAUCCGGUGCCUGGAAGCGACUCUGACCUAGGCAGAAAAGCGCCUUCACGCCGCCUCAAAGAGGCCCGGGUUGCUGAUUUGUUGGGGUUUUUUGGUGGGGGGAGGAGGGUGCGGCGCCCCCAGCAGUGGGAGCGCGGAGUCCUAACGACUGGACCGCCAGGAAAGUCUCCUGAGGUUGCAGUUUUAAAUGACGCUGAAACGCCCGGCCGGCUUCCACCUGGAGCACUGGCCCCCGCCAGAGGGCGGCUCGACCCCUCCCUCCCUCCCUCCCGUAUCUGGUCAAUCCCGUUAGGCAACGAGAAGGGGCCUGUCCCUGUUGGGGUAGCCCCGCCCCCAGGAGAUUGCCCCGCCCCGCGUCCGGUCCCCGCUCCCGGCAGGCGCACGAAGAGCCACGGUACCUGCUCCCUCGGCACCCUGGCGCUCCCGAGGGUCCAGCUCAGGAGGUCGGCGCCCGCCUCGGUGGGGGCGUCCGCGGUGUGCCCCCUGUCCUUGGCUCCGCAGUCCGUGGACGUUCGUGCCCCCGGGCCCUCACCAGGCCCCGCCCCGUCCGCGUUGCGGAGGGGGCGGUGCCCGAAGAGACCCCGCCCCUAACGUCACGGCCGAGGGGUGGAGCCGGCCCGACGGAAGCGAGGUGCUGCUGGAGAGGCCCGAACAGAGCAGCGGGCGCUCGGGGACUGCUGGUGAGAGACAGCAUGGGCAGCAGCUCGCUGUCCGAGGACUACCGUCUGUGCCUGGAGCGCGAACUUAGGCACGGCCGCGCGGGCGUGUGCGGGGACCCAUCGCUACGCGCCGUGCUCUGGCACAUCCUGGUGGAAGACUUCGACCUGCAUGGGGCGCUGCAGGAUGACGCGCUGGCACUACUCACCGAUGGCCUGUGGGGCCGCGCCGACCUGGCCCCUGCGCUACGCGGCCUGGCCCGCGCCUUCGAGCUGCUGGAGUUAGCCGCCGUGCACCUGUAUCUGCUGCCUUGGAGGAAAGAGUUCACCACCAUCAAGACUUUCUCAGGGGGCUACGUGCACGUGCUGAAGGGCGCACUCUCGGAGGACCUCCUCAUCCAGAGCUUCCAGAAGAUGGGCUAUGUGCGCAGGGACGACCACCGCCUUAUGGUGGCUGCCCUGCCCCCCGCCCGCCAGCUUGUGCAGGUGGCCCUGGGCUGCUUUGCCCUGCGGCUGGAGUGUGAGAUCCUGGGCGAGGUGCUGGCGCAGCUGGGCACCAGCAUGCUGCCAGCCGAGGAGCUGCUGCAGGCACGGCGGGCCAGCGCGGAUGUGGCCUCCUGCGUGGCCUGGCUGCAGCAGCGACUAGCCCGCGAAGAAGAGCCACCACCUGUUCCCCCCCGUGGCUCCCCGGCCCGGUGCCAGGCCCGGCUGGACCUGUACCGGGACCUGCAGGAGGAUGAGGGCUCAGAUGAGACCAGCCUAUACGGGGGACCCUCGCCAGGCCCCGACUCACCCCCCUCGGAGCUAGCCUGCCAGCCUCUGUUCUGGGAGCAGAGCGCCAGACUGUGGGGCGUGGGGGGCGGGGCCUGGGAGGCUGAGGCCAGCAGCCCGGCCUCGGAGGAGGAGCCCGAGGCCGAGGCCUUCUCCCUCCUCUCACUGCGCCAAGAGCUGCUCAGUCGGCCCGGAGACCUGGCCGCCCCCCGAGCCCCUGGAGCCCCUGAGCAGGCCAGCCCCCCCCGAGUCCCCGAGCCCCCCGGCUACCAGACACACAGCUGCCUGGGCCCUGGCGCCCUCCCCACCCUCUGCUGUGACACGUGUCGCCAGCUGCACACUUCCCACUGUGCCACCCUGGCCACCUGCCGCCCGGGCCACCCUUUGCGCGCCCUGCACGGAAACCACCAGCGGCGCCUGUGGCUGCAGCGAGCCCAGGUGGACACCUUGCUCUACGAUGCCCCUAGGCCCGCCUGGCCCUAGGCCCAGGGCUUUCUGGAGACAUGUUCCGUGGUGCUUUUCUGGGCCUCAUCCCUCCUCAGACCCGGGCCACUGGCCACCCUGCCCCUCCUGCCCCCCAGGGGUGCUGAGCACAGCGGCAGGUCGGGGGGCAUGGAGACUCAACCCCGCUACGUGAGAGGUGGGGGCCGUCUUCCUCGGAAAGCUGCCGGCCCGCCCCCAGGGAGCACCCUCUCCCUCCUCUCCCACCCCUCCCCGGCCCCACCACUGGCCCCAGCGCCACAGCUCCUGACCUGCUCCCUGCAAGUGCCCAAAGGGGUGCUCCACAGAGGAGUGUCCUUGGGGGCUCAGGUGACCUCAUGAGCCCCGGAGCUUUGCUAAGACCAUUCUAGGGGCUCUGCCAGGUGCAUGGCUGACCCGGCUGAGGGGACCUGGUCCCCCAUGGGUGUCACAGACCAGCACUGAAUGAGCUGAGUGCUGGCCUUAGACCAGCCCCAUGGGCUCCAGUCAGAGCUGGGCGGGGAAGUUGGACCCAAGGACAGAAGAGAAAUGAUCUAGUCUCCAGCCAGAGUGAGUGCCCAAGAGUUCCAGAGAACAGCAGGCGGGAGACGGGGAGCCACGGAGCCCGAGAGGCUGUCACCCCACUUCCGGGUGGAGCGUGGGGGCUUCUGAGCAAUCAGUACCCCAGCAGCCUCCCUGCUACAUCUUCCUGCUGUCCGGCUUCGGAAGGCAGGGUGAGAGAUCUCCAAGGCUCCCACCCCAGAGCCCACCUGGGUCCCGUGGUAAAGAUGCACCAGCUGCCAGCCGCCAGCCCGCUCACAGGGCUGGAGGGGGUGGGUCUGCUCACCUGGGCCUGGGGUGGGGCCAGUCUUGUGUGUGGCCCCUCCCCCCACACCUGUCUGUCACGCGAAUCACAACCUCAAAGUACAUUAAAGGACGCUGGAUCCA